AUGGACUGUAAUCCUCUGCUCAACAGGAUUAGCAAUCAAUUUCAGAAAUGGUCUUCCAAGAGCCUCUCCUAUGCAGGCAGAAUACAAGUUAUAAAAAGUGUGAUUUUAGGUGUCCAAAUCUAUUGGACAUCUAGCUACAUUCUGCCUAUGAAAGUACUUCAGAGAAUUGAUGAAAUGAAUAGGGAUUUUUUGUGGGGAAAAUCUGAUCAUAAGCAAAAAGUUUCUCUGGUAGCAUGGGAGAAAAUCUGUCAGGGGAAAAAAUUUGGUGGAUUAGGAAUUUUCUCUGCUAAACUCUGGAAUUUUGCUGCUGCUUUGAAGAAUAUCUGGUAUAUUCAUGUGAAUAAAGAGCUCCUAUGGAUUAAGUGGAUCCAUGGUACUUAUCUAAAACACAAUGAUAUCUGGACUGUUAAUGCUAAAACAACUGAUUCAUGGCUCUGGAAACAAAUGCUGAAAAUCAGAGAUAAGGCUUUGGAUUUAACUGGAGGAGCUGAUAACCUGAAGCUUAUCAUUGGAUCUUGCUACAAGAAUUCUAAAGUUAAACCAUCAGCCUUGUAUACAAUUCUAUCUCCAACUUCCCUCAAAGUUCCAUGGUAUAAUACUGUUUGGGGAAAUUUAAAUUACCCUAAGCACUCCAUCAUAAGUUGGCUUGCUGUUCAAAACAGGUUGCUAACACAAGACAGGUUGGCUAGGAUGGGGGUACUGAAUGCAAAUUCCUGUUAUCUUUGCAAUGGUGAUGCAAUAGAGAGUCGUGACCAUCUCUUUUUUGAAUGUGAAUACUCUAUGAAUGUCUGGAACAAGAUCAUGUCGUGGCUUAACUUCAGAUGGCGUUCUUGUAACUGGAAUUGUAUGUUGGAAUGGUUCACUACCAGUUUGAGAGGCAAGGGUUUUAAGCAAAGGAUUAAGAGGAUGGCCUUUAACACUUCAUUAUACAAGAUUUGGAAUGAAAGGAACUCCAGGAUUUUUAUUCAGAAAUCCAAAGGGCCUGAUCAGCUAGUUAAAGAGAUCAAAGUUGAUAUGUUGAUACUAAUACUCAAUGGCAAUACUGCUCCGGAAGAUAGAGAAUGGGUUUUAUCACUGUAA